ACCACGUGAUUAGCAGAGAUGUCCGUUCUCGCAUGCAUACAUGCUGCAAUUCUACUUGCUUCUUGCCGCUUAUUGCAUUGCCAGGAAACAUUCGACUUUCCACAUUCCGAUUUUGGUACUGUAGCUGAUGGUUCUCUAACAAUCAACUCUACUGUUUUGUUAAAUGAUGGCACAUCCAUUCCUCUAUUUGGCUUGGGAGUCUAUCGCUCACAACCAGGUGAGGAGACAGAAGAUGCUGUUCGAUGGGCUCUGCAGUAUGGAUACAGGCAUGUGGACACAGCAUCGCGUUACAGGAAUGAGGAGAGUGUGGGGAGGGCUGUGAUGGAUUCGGGCAUAUCGAGAGAAGAGAUAUUUAUUACAACAAAGAUAUUCAAUGAUGACCACGGAUAUGAGAAAACACUGGCAGCUGGAAGAGCAAGUCUUGCCAAGCUUGGUACUGGAUACAUUGAUCUGUUACUGAUGCAUGCACCUGGUGAACAGACCGUGUCUACGUGGCAAGCAAUGAUUCAACUGAAAGAAGAAGGAGUGUGCAGGUCAGUGGGUGUGUCCAACUUUGGUGUCCACCACCUAGAAGAGCUGCAUAAGGCGACGGGUGUCACUCCAUCAGUCAACCAAAUUGAAGUGUCACCAUAUCUACAGAGACGAGACAUCGUGGACUAUUGUCAAGCUCACGGCAUUGCUGUGGAGGGGUAUUCCCCUCUGACUAAAGGAGUUAAACUUGACGAUCCAAUGCUUGUGAAAAUAGCCGCCAAAUAUCCUGGCAAGACGACAGCUCAUGUGUUGAUUCGAUGGUCAGUCCAGCAGCGAUACAUUACGAUACCUAAAUCAGCCAAGAAGGAAAGGAUACAAGCAAAUAUUGAUGUUUUUGAUUUCAAUCUGGAUGAAGAAGAUAUGGCCGAAUUGGAAACACUGGAGGAGUAUCUUUUGACAGGAUGGGAUCCUACUGUUGAUGAAUGGAAACCGUAGUCUAGUGACAGAUACACUGUGUAUUGAUAUGCUGGUGCUUUGUUUUGUCUAACAGUCGCAAAUCAUUGUUUUCAUAUUUUUCCAUGAACCUGUUCAGUUGUA